CAACAUUCAAGGAAAUCUUGAUCAAUAUGUUAGUAUAAUGGAAUUAGAUCAACAAAAAAUUAAAAGAAUUAAUCUUGUUUGGAUUAGAGCUUUUGCUAUUUGUGGAAUUCCUUGGUAUACUAUUAAAAAUCCUUUUUUUAUUGAAGCAUUAAAAAAAACAAAUUUAUCUUAUAAUUUACCAACAUGA